GACUCAAACGUUGUGGCGCGGCGCAGAGCUGUCAUACUUUCAUAACACACCGCCACAUGCGUCGGUUUUGCUGUUAUCAAACUGUGAUUUUACGGUGAUCCGGUGAAUAAAACCGGGACUAAACUAAACAUGGUGGAGGGUCCGGGCUGUACUUUGAACGGAGAGAAGAUUCGCGCCAGAAUACGGAAAGGACAGACGAUAAAAGAGAUCAAAGGAAGCCUGGCUAAUUCAACAACCAAACCAGGGGGAAGUCCAUUCCACAGUCUCCAUGGAGUCCAGUACAGUGGAGUAGAAACUCUGGGGAAAGAGCUCUUCAUGUACUUUGGCCUAAAGGCUUUACGAGUUCAUUUUGGCAUGAACGGCUCUCUGCGCAUCAACCCUACAGUUCUGAAGGAGAGGAGUGGUCAGAGCCAGAAACCAGCUUUGGAGAUCCACCUGACUAAUGACACCGUGUGCUUUUUCGACACCACUGUGGAAAUCAGGUGGACAGAGGACUGUGAGCAGAGGGUGCGUUCCUCCUCCCACCUGGAUGUGUGCUCUCCCACGUUCAGCAUGCCCCGCUCAGAGGAGGCAGUGAGGGCCCAGGGCGGUCGGAUGCUCUGUGACGUGCUCCUGGAUCAGAGUGUCAUGCCAGGAGUGGGCAACAUCAUCAAGAACGAAGCUCUGUUUGACUCUGGCCUCCAUCCAGCUGUCAAGGUGCAACAGCUGACGGACAAGCAGAUCCACCAUUUGGUCAAGAUGACGCGAGACUUCACUCUACUUUUCUAUAAGUGUCGUAAGUCUGGCUCGCCCCUGCACAGACAUUACAAAGUCUACAAGCGGCCUCAGUGUGGCCAGUGCAGUCAUGUGAUCACCGCGUGUCGCCUGGGAGACCACGGCCGCAUGACGUACUUCUGCGAGCGCUGUCAGAGAGGAGAUCCCAGUGGACUGGAUGUCAGUAUGUUGCCAGUGAGGAACAGUCUGAUUGGCUGGGUGUACAGGGAGCAGCCAGAGGAGUGUGUGGGGAAGAAGGAGGAGGAGGACUGGAUUUGUGAAGUGUGCACCCUCAUCAACCCUCCAGAGUGUGCAGCCUGCGACGCCUGCCUCACAGCCAGACCCAAGGUCCACACAGAAGCCAACAACCCUGGGUCCUCCCCCUACCCCAGCGACCUGAUCAAAUACCCCUGCACCGCCUUCAAAAAGCCUGACCAAGACCUCAAGCUCAACUGGAGGUCAGCAUUCGGCACCUCCACCCUGGUCUUUUCUGACCUUACCCCCAACAAUAACAACAACAACCAGCUAAAGCCGCUGAACUCCCCACGCAGUGCUCAUCUGAAUUCUACCGCGCAAGGUUCACACAAACACAACAUCUGCCAAGGGACCAGCAGCCCCAAUUAUGCCUCUGGUGGCUGGGACAAGCACGAUGCGGCAGCAGGGUACUCCGCUGGGGAAAACAGUCACCCAUCCAAGAAAAUGAGAAUUGAUAACGGGACCCCCAACUCACGUGUUCCCACGGCGACAGCAGCAGCAGCAGCUAGCCUCAGCUCCUCCGUGCCUCCGUGUCCCAGUGCACCGUGUUGCUCCACCCACAGUCGGCCAGCUGCCCUCCGAGUGGUCCACAAACACGGAGAGAACAAGGGACGCAUCUUUUACACCUGCUCACUGCCCCCGGAGACCAAAUGCAACUUCUUUGAGUGGGCUGACUCGUACUUCCCCUUUUGUCACCAUGGGAAACGCUGCCUAAUGAGGACAGUUCUCAAACUAGGGCCCAACAACGGCAGGAACUUCUAUACCUGCAGUUUGAUAAAGGGUAAACAAUGUGACUUUUUCCAGUGGGCAGUGAACGCACCAGGCUGUUAGCAGUCCUGGAUUGUUAGGGCACGCUAAAGAAAACGACUAGCGACUGUUAAAUGUAUAUACACAACAGAUGUAUAGUUUUGUCUGACUUUGAAAAUGUGUAACUUUGCCUGUGUCUCAGAAUGCCAAAUAACUUUUGCAACUUUACAUACUACGCCCUCUUUAAAUUUUGUCUAAAGCUGACUUUUUGGAGCUUUUUACCAUAUUAUAUUAUUGUUCCCAUGCCUGAACAGGAUUUAGAUGUCACUCAUGCAUGUUUGAAUAAUCUUGCGAUCUCUCCCGGGUACUAUUCGAAUACUCCUCACGGUUAGCAUGAUCUGUGAAAAAAAUAAACUGAAACUUAUAUUUAAAUAUGUUGUUUUCAGCAAAUAUAGCAUUUCCAGAGAGUUAAAAGGUAACAUGUACCCCCUCUUUAAAUAUGCAACAAAUGUACCGUAUUAUUAUCCAACUUUUAAAAAAAUUAUAACUUUGUGCCUGAAAACACCAAAUUUCUAUAACUUUUAAUGUUUUAUAUGCGUUUUGAAUACAUGUCCUCAGAGCAUUAUAAAUUAUGCUGUGUUCAAUAAAGAAUGAAGUGAACCAUACAAUUUAUGUACAAUUUAAUAUUUACACAUUAAAAUCAUAUAA